CCGCCUUCAUCCGCGUGGUGGGCUCGGAGUUCGUGCAGAAGUACCUGGGGGAGGGUCCCCGCAUGGUGCGCGACGUCUUCCGCCUGGCCAAGGAGAACGCGCCCGCCAUCAUCUUCAUCGACGAGAUCGACGCCAUUGCCACCAAGCGCUUCGACGCCCAGACUGGAGCCGACCGGGAGGUUCAGCGCAUCCUCCUGGAGCUCCUCAACCAGAUGGACGGCUUCGACCAGAACGUCAACGUCAAGGUGAUCAUGGCCACCAACCGGGCGGACACCUUGGACCCAGCGCUGCUGCGUCCUGGCCGGCUGGACCGUAAGAUCGAGUUCCCGCUGCCUGACCGCCGCCAGAAACGUCUCAUCUUCUCCACCAUCACCGGCAAGAUGAACCUGUCCGAGGAGGUGGACCUCGAGGACUACGUGGCGCGGCCAGACAAGAUCUCGGGGGCCGACAUCAACUCCAUCUGCCAGGAGGGCGGCAUGCUGGCGGUGCGGGAGAACCGGUACAUUGUGUUGGCCAAGGACUUUGAGAAGGCCUACAAGACGGUCAUCAAGAAGGACGAGCAGGAGCACGAGUUCUACAAGUGACAGCUCGGGG